AUGCCAUCCCCCCAAACCGUCAUCGUCGUCGGCGGCGGACUGGCCGGCCUCUCAGCAUCCUACGCCGCCCUGCGCGCAGGAGCAGCAGUGAGACUCCUAGAACGAGCCGAGAAGCCAGGCGGCAACAGCAUCAAGGCCUCCUCCGGCAUCAACGGAGCCCCUACACGGUUCCAGCCGGGCAAAGACACCACCUUCUACAGCGACACGAUCCGGUCCGCCGGUAGAAGACUGGCCCAAGCCGACGCCGCGACAACACUAACCACCACGUCAAGGUUCAGCCGCGCUGAGAGGGAGUCACUUAUAGCAAAACUCACUACCUCGUCCGCCCAGGCCGUCGACUUCCUCGUGGACGAGAUCGGUGUGGACCUGAGCGUCGUGGCCCAGCUUGGCGGACACAGCUUCCCGCGCACCCACCGGGGCGGCGGCAAGCUCCCCCCCGGCGCCGCCAUCGUCACCGCUCUGGUCGAGAAGCUGAAGCAGGACCCCAACUUUGAGCUCCGUACCGGGUGCGAGGUGAGGAAGCUCCUCGUAUCGCCCAAGGCGGGAAGUAGCCCUGGCAGUAGUAGCAGCAGCGUGACUGGGGUGGAAUUUACCAGUGCUGGCACGACGUCGACUCUCGAGGGACCGGUUGUCUUUACGACGGGUGGGUUUGCAGGGGAUACUUUUGGUCUGUUGGAGAAGUAUCGGCCCGAUCUUGCUGGGCUACCAUCGACAAACGAUGCCAGGCCCGGAACGCACGGAAUUCUUCAGGAUGUGGGCGCGCAGUUGGUGGAUAUGGAGAGCGUGCAGGUGCACCCUACUGGCUUCGUGCAGCCCUCUGAUCCUGACGCGAGGGUCAAGUUUCUCGCUGCCGAGAUGCUGAGGGGCGAAGGAGGAAUCCUCCUGCAUCAAGGAAGAAGAUUUGUCAACGAGAUGGAGACGAGAGAACAUGUCAGCAAGGUCAUCAUGAACCUUCCCCCUGCCGGCACUAUCGCGUCCAGCUCUGAGGGCUCUCAUGGUCUGACGCAGUGGGACGUCCAACUCCUGCUCGAUCCUGGCGCCUGUGAAGCUGCGGCAUCGCAUAUCGGCUUUUACCUGUGGAAGGGCCUCUUGUCCAAGAAGAAAGUCAAGGAUCUGGACGAUGCCACGCGGGAGGCUGUUCGAGACUACUCGAAGGUCGUGGCUGGUACCAAAGAUGACUCGUUUGGACGCAAAGUGUUCGGGUCUUGGAGGUUAACGGGCCGUGAUGAGGAGGAUGCCGAACAGGAAGUCUGCAUCGGUCGGGUCACGCCAAUUACCCACUUCACCAUGGGGGGCGCAGCCAUCAACGAUAACGGCCAGGUCUUAGCAAGAGACAGUGAUGACAGUAGCCUGAAGCCGGUCGAGGGGCUGUGGGCAGCGGGGGAGAUCACCGGUGGACUGCACGGCGAUAAUCGCUUGGGCGGAUCGUCGUUACUGGAAUGUGUUGUAUUUGGUCGGACAGCCGGUAAAGAGGCUGCGGUAUAUUCGCAUGCAAAGUAGCCUACCUGUCUUUGUGGCAAUUACGGUACGAAUAGCUAGAGUUUGCACGGGUCAUCUCCUUCCAUGAUAAUAAUAUUUACCUAGUCUACAAUGUAUACCUGAAUCCC